AUGCGUCAAGUGCUUGAGCAGCUUCCAGAACAAGACUUCAAUGUUCAUUUGGUGGGUACUAGGUCCAUGAUGGAGAACCUGUGCCACUUGUGCCAGAGAUUACCUCAUGUCUUUGAGCUGAUGAAGUGCAAUUUUGCUCUGAGGCCAAGAAUUACUUGUAACGCAACGGCGGCGGUAGCGGCGGCUUCGCCCGGCGGCCCGAGCGGCGGCGAAGGCGGCAGUGGAGGCAGCGGCGGGGCGGUGGUCGGUGGCCGCGUGGAGCUGCUGGUCUUCGGCUACGCCUGCAAGCUGUUCCGCGACGACGAGAAGGCGCUGCAGCAGGAGCAAGGCCGCCACCUGAUCCCCUGGAUGGGCGAGGCCUCCAUCAUGAUCGAUAGAUACGAUGGGCGUGGCCACUUGCACGACCUUUCCGAGUACGACGCCGAAUAUUCCACCUGGAACAGAGAUUACCAAUUGUCCGAAGAGGAAGCCCGAAUCGAAGCUCUCUGUGACGAAGAGAGGUAUUUAGCCUUACGUACGGACUUGCUUGAGGAAGAGGCAAGGCAAGAGGAAGAAUAUAAGAGGCUGAGCGAAGCUUUGGCCGAAGAUGGGUCCUAUAAUGCAGUGGGAUUUACUUACAGUAGUGAUUAUUACGAUCCCUCAGAACCCACUGAGGAAGAAGAGCAGCCGUUCAAGGCCAAAGGUCUCGCUCAAGAUCGCCGAGAAGACGGGCGCACACCCCUGAAAGGCAUCGAGAAGAGAGGAGCGUCCCGACUGCCUACCGUGUGA